UACAGGGAAUCGACUACGUUUAUUUAAUAAUUAAGUGACAGAGUGCAUCUUGUCCGGAGUAACGUCUCUAUUUCAAUACAACAUGGCGUCGUCAAUGCCGCAGAAACGUUACUACAGACAGCGAGCCCAUUCCAACCCGAUGGCAUACCACACGUUUGAUUAUCCCGUGUGUCCAGAGGAGAUGGACUGGUCCGAGCUGUAUGCUGAUGUCUUCACUGGCAAUCCAUCUGACAAAGAGACCCCCCAAGUGGAGUUUGCCGACAUUGGAUGUGGAUAUGGAGGGCUGUUAGUGGAGUUAUCGCCACUCUUUCCAGACAAGCUCAUCCUGGGCAUGGAGAUCCGAGUCAAAGUGUCUGAUUAUGUUCAGGAUCGUAUCGUAUCCCUGCGUGGCGCGGAACCAGGACGCUACCAGAACAUCGCCUGCAUUCGCACGAAUGCGAUGAAAUAUCUCCCCAACUUCUUCUCUAAAGGACAGCUCAGUAAGAUGUUCUUCCUCUUUCCUGACCCUCACUUUAAGAAGACCAAGCACAAGUGGAGGAUUAUUAGUCCCACGUUGUUGGCAGAGUAUGCCUACACGCUGAAAGUUGAGGGUUUGGUGUAUACCAACACAGAUGUGGAGGAAGUGCACGUCUGGAUGGUGAAGCACUUCAGUGAACAUCCGCUGUUCACACGUGUCCUCGAUGAAGAACUGGUUGGUGAUGUGAUCAUAAAUCGGUUGGGCAUCUGUACAGAGGAAGGAAAGAAAGUGCAGAGAAAUGGAGGGAAGAAUUUCCUCGCAGUUUUCCGAAGGAUUGAGGAUUCAAACUAAGACUGGAACAGUUUGGACGUGCGAUGAACUUAAAUAAUGGUCUCAUGCAGUUCGGUAUACAUGGAGGAUAAUGCUGCUCUGUGGAUCUGGAGCCCAGCACAUGAACAGUGAUAUUAAUGGACCAACAGUUACAUCAUUACCCAACAUCGGGUUUGAGUGUCCUUCCCAUAAUUUAUGUGUUUUAAUUUUUCAUCUCACAAAAGACAGCACAAGGGAAGUAUAUCAUACAAGCAUCUCUAUUCAGACUAGACUAUUGAAAUGUUUCGUGUCACUUUUUUAAAAUGAUUUUUUAAAUAAUUAACUUCCAUUUCUUUUGUUAAACUCCAAUAUGCUUUUUUGGAUGUACUGUAAAACUAAGUUAUUUUAGGACCACAGAAAACAAUUCAAGUGUUGGGUUUGGUUCAUUGUAUUAAUCAACACAUGUAAACGAUGACGAGAACAGGUGAAUAGAAAAUGACGUCUAUACAGGACUGUCUCAGAAAAUUAGGAUAUUGUGAUAAAGUUCUUUAUUUUCUGUAAUGCAAUUAAAAAAACAAAAAUGUCAUGCAUUCUGGAUUCAUUACAAAUCAACUGAAAUAUUGCAAGCCUUUUAUUCUUUUAAUAUUGCUGAUUAUGGCUUACAGCUUAAGAAAACUCUAAAAUCCUAUCUCAUAACAUUUUAAUAUUUCCUCAGACCAAGUAAAAAAAAAAUGUAUAACAGCUGAGUGUUUGUCAAGGCUCAGGAAACCCUUGCAGGUGUUUCGAGUUAAUUAGACAAUUCAAGUGAUUUGUUUAAUACCCUACUAGUAUACUUUUUCAUGAUAUUCUAAUAUUUAGAGAUAGGAUAUUUGAGUUUUCUUAAGCUGUAAGCCAUAAUCAGCAAUAUUAAAAGAAUAAAAGGCUUGCAAUAUUUCAGUUGAUUUGUAAUGAAUCCAGAAUGCAUGACAUUUUUGUUUUUUUAAUUGCAUUACAGAAAAUAAAGAACUUCAUCACAAUAUUCUAAUUUUCUGAGACAGUCCUGUAUGUCUUGUUUUUCAUUACAGUUACUUUAGGGCCUUCAUCACAGGAAUGACCAAAAGGAGCAGCUCUUACUUUGCUCAAUAUUUUUAGAUUUUAGAUUUGAAGAGGACUUUAGAUUAAGCUAUUUAUCAACAUUUGAAAUUACAACAAAUUCCAUAUGAUGACAUCAACUUUGUUGGUUUCACAGUAAUAAUUUGCAGUAUUGGCAGCAAAAUAUGGAAUGAAUUAGACUGAGAUGUUUGCCAACAAUCUUCAUCUUCCUUAUUUGCAUCGGUUCAUCUUCUGGUUUAAAAAUAAACCUGCGUUCUGUGGGAAGUGAACGCAGCCCUUGCUAUUUCAAAUUAAAAAGAACUGUCACACAAUUAUGUUUAAAUUGAAUAUUUUUUGAUAAAGCUGUGAAAAGAACUUGUUUAAUUGAUACUGGCAUGUUUAUUGAUGAACAAAAGUUCUCUGAUGUGAUUUAUAUUGAAAUGACUUAUUUAAACCCACAAAUUAACACGUAGGGUGCUCCUACAUGCCAUAGGAUUUUCAAAACAAAAUCUUCGUCUAAUAGACAUGUCUGCUGAGGAUCUGAAGUCCAAAUCACAGAAGUCUCCAACAGAAACAGUAUAAUAUGUGCUCAUUUUAUGAUUUUGGCUGUUUAUUACAGGUUGGCGUUGUCUGUCAGGAGAAUGGGGGCAGUGCAGCUUUGAGCCUCUGGACGCUGCAGGGAGGGGUUGGUGAUUUUUUUUAAACAGGACUGCAUAUGCCUCAGUAAUGGGAACCCAGACACUUUAUAUAAUGGCAGAGCAAUUGAUGCACUCAUAAAUAUACUGUAUAAUAUAAAAUCUACGUAUGACAAGGUUAUUUGGAUUCUGGCGGUUGACCAUAUUUGAUCGUACAUUUGUUUAAUAAUUUUGUGUACUUUGUUCUUUUUAUUGCGUGUAGCAAUAUUUAGAUUGCUUCCAGUAUUCAGAGAAAAUUGAUUUUGAAACGCUAUCUGUGGAUAUGCUUUAUACUUGAUUUAUCCUUCUUUCAAUAAUCUGAAAUAGACAUUAAAAAAUGAUCUUAUUUA